AUGUCAUCUAAAAUAAGCAAUAUUUAUAAUCUCUAAGAUCUUGAUAAGUAAAUUAAAUCUUAACUCAAAAACGCAAAUUUAGAUUUUAGUAAAACUAAUGCCAUUUAUUCAGAUGGAAUUUCUGGUUCUGGUUUGAGUGCCCAGUUAGCGCAACUCAUAAAUCUUGAAAAUUUAUCAAUCAACUUACAUAAAAGUAAUCUUGAGGAUACAGAUGUAUUUGAGUUAGUAAAUUCUUUAGAAAAAUGCUAAAAUUUAAUAAGUCUAAAUAUAAAACUUGAUACCAACCACAUAGGCGAUGAAGGAGCUUCUUAUUUGGGUAAUUAUUUGUCUAAAUGCUCUAAUUUAAAGUACUUAAAUAUUGAUUUAUGGACAAAUCAAAUAAACGAUUAAGGUUUAUUAAGCUUAAGUUAAGGAAUUCAAAAGUGUAAAAAUUUAAGAUCUUUAGAACUUACUCUAUGCGAAAACGGAUUUGGAAAUAAAGGAGCUAUAGAUCUAGUGACUUCAAUAUAAUCCUGUUAUAAUUUGAAAAAUUUAACAAUAGAUUUUUCCUUAAACUCAUUUGCUGAAUAAUUUGGGUUUGGUUUAGGCACUGCUUUGGCAAGGUUAUGUUAUUUAACAAGCUUAUAACUGAAUUUAAGCAACUCAUAAGCAUUAGACGAUACUGAUUGCUAUGAUUUAUGUAAUCUUUUGGCUAAAAAUGAACACCUAAUUGCUAUAAAUCUUGAGUUAUAGAACAACAACUGCUGGUAUGUGACAAAAAAAUAACUUGAAGUUAAAUUUAAAAAAAUGAAAAAACUAAUAAAAUUAAAUUUUAGUUUUUGA